AGUCUGCUGGAGUCACUCGUUCUCGCAGUGACUGCCGCCGCCGCCGCUCUCUCAGCUGUCUGCGAUGAUCGCAGAUUCACUUCUCUAUCCCAGACCACCACCAAAUUUCCUUCUUCUUCACCAGCAGCACCAGCAUCGGCAUCAGCACUGCUACCAUCACCGUUACCUCAUCACCGUCUCCUUCUCCUCGUGUCCGCUACCACUGUUCUGCUGCUGUACAUCACCACCACCACCACCACCACCACGACCAGCAGCACCAACUUUGUAACCGCUGUCUGUCGCUCAUCACCCAUCACCUGUCAUCCACAACAGCACCUCACCUUCAUCACCUUUGAUCUAGUGUCAUUUAGGCAAACAAGGUCAUCUGUUUACCUAUUAACUGUAUACACCCGAAAUGCCGUCCAGUCGGUGGUGGGCAACAGUUCACCGGCGAGGACGGCGACAAGCUCACAGCUGUCAGCCACUCGGCGGAACUUUGCCCUCAGCAGCACCUCACAAGCCCAGUUGACCGUUCGUGACGCCCUCAAUUCGGCCAUGGACGAGGAGAUGGAGCGCGACGAGAAGGUGUUCAUCAUCGGCGAGGAGGUGGCCCAGUACGACGGCGCCUACAAGAUCACCAAGGGCCUGUGGCGCAAGUACGGCGACAAGCGGGUCAUUGACACGCCCAUCACCGAGGCGGGCUUCGCCGGCAUGUCCGUCGGCGCCGCCUUCUACGGCAUGCGCCCCAUCUGUGAGUUCAUGACCUUCAACUUUGCCAUGCAGGCCAUUGAUCAUAUAAUCAACUCGGCGGCAAAGACCUUCUACAUGAGUGCCGGCUCGGUCUCAGUUCCGAUUGUCUUUCGCGGUCCGAACGGCGCCGCAGCGGGCGUCGCCGCUCAGCACUCGCAGUGCUUCGCCGCCUGGUACUCCCACUGCCCCGGUCUGAAGGUGCUCGCUCCCUACUCCGCAGAGGACGCCCGCGGCCUGCUCAAGGCGGCCAUCCGCGACCCGGACCCGGUGGUCUUCCUCGAAAAUGAAAUCCUCUACGGCGUGCCCUUUGAGGUGUCGGACAGCGUCCUCGGCAAGGACUUCCUCCUGCCCAUUGGCAAGGCGAAGAUUGAACGGGCGGGCGAGCGCGUCACCCUCGUCGGCUACUCAAAGUCGGUGGGCACGGCGCUGGAGGCGGCGACGCAGCUGGCCGCCGCCGGCAUCAGCGCCGAGGUGAUCAACCUGCGCAGCAUUCGCCCGCUGGACUUUGAGACCAUCGCCCAGUCGGUGACCAAGACGAGUCACCUGGUGACGGUGGAGCAAGGCUGGCCGCAGAGUGGCGUCGGCGCGGAGAUUUGCGCCAGAGUUAUUGAGAGUCCGGUCUUUGAUUACCUCGACGCGCCGGUGAUUCGAGUGACGGGUGCUGAUGUUCCAAUGCCUUACGCCAAGUCGCUGGAGGCGAAUGCUCUGCCGGUGGCAGAGGAUGUGGUCAUGGCGGUCAAGCGGAUGCUUAAUGUUAACUGA